CGUGGCGCCAAACACUCCCUAGUGAAAAACAUAUGAACGCCCUUUACUAAUUCUUUCUCUGAGACGUGAACGUACGGACUCCGAUUCGAGAUGACCGACGGUUGUGCGCCGGUUCACAGAAGCAAUGAAGACGCGCACGUUAGCUCCGCCACCGAAACCAACAAAGAUGACCUAGAAUUUCUCAGAGACGCCGUCCGCUCGCUGCCACCACAGCCCGUGAAAGACUUGCUGUUGAACGGAGUUUGUACACGAUGUAUUUUCAGGCUAUUUUGCCUCCACAAACAAAUAUGUUCUCCUUCGUCCAUGGCAACGCGGAAUCUGAGUUCAGUUCUUCACGAAUUACGAGAACAUGGAAAUGGAGCUAAUAAUGGUGUUAGAGAAACUAACGAUUUGACUGACACGGGUUAUGUUCAGGAAUUUGAGGAGGAGUUUGUUUGCAGGGUCUGUUUAGGAAUUUUGCAGUUCGUAUAUAGUGAUGGAAAGGGAGUGUUGGUAGAAAAAAAUAAUGCUGGCGAUUUUGCUGCUACUAUUGAAGAUGCUGUAAAGAAAGAGGGCCAUGAAAUUGACAACUUCUGUCUCGAAGUUUCACUGCCCCCAAUUGUAGUCGAAAAGGAACAAGCAGUUUGGUCAUAUAUAGAAAAGAAGUAUAGUUCUGAAUCGUGGUUCUCCGAAAAGUUUCCCUCUGAAAGAAUUGGCGUGAAAGAUUUUCUGAAAUUGUCUGUGGCAAAUCCUUUAGAAAAAUUGUUGGAUGUAAAAUCUAAUGGAAGUUCGUUCAGAAUUUGUUUGACAUAUACACUUUCUGAUGCAUCAUCAAAGAUCGAGCCCCUUCCUGAGAGCAAUGGGUGCUCUAAGAGGAGGAAAAUAGAUGAUAGUGAUGUCUUGAAGAACUGUACUGGCUUGCAUGAAGUUGAAAAACAUAACACUGUUACAAAUUCUUCGAUUGAGUCGGUAGAUGAAGGGAAUGGUUUCUUACCGUUCCCACUAGAGAAGGUCAAUAACUGCUGCUCCUUGAUCAGCCAAUGCUACAAGACUUCUAUCUACGUGGGCGGGAGAUAUCUUAAGUACUCUAGAAAUGUCAGCCAGUCACGUUGGAUUAUUGAUGAUGAGCGAAUGGGUGAAGCAUCUGUUGAGGAAAUAAUUGGUGGCAGCAUCCUUCCAAUCUGUCAGGGUGACAGUUAUAAAUUCCAUGCUGCCGGCAGAGAAGAUAUCGAUGUCCGUAUGCUAGGUACUGGGCGGCCCUUUUUGGUUGAGAUCCAAAAUGCACGUCAAUUCCCUUCUGAUGUGUUAAUAAAAGAUAUGGAAAUGAAAAUAAAUAGCCUGGAAAGAAACCUUGUAAAGGUAAAGAAUCUCAAAUUCUUAGGUAGUCAGGGUUGGGUGAUGAUGCGUGAAGGAGAAGCAGAGAAGCAGAAACAAUAUGCUGCACUUGUGUGGAUUUCUCGCCCCCUUAACGAUGAUGAUGUACUGUCAUUAUCAUCCUUCAAGGACAUGCAAAUUUUGCAGAAAACGCCAGUAAGGGUUCUCCAUCGUAGAAGUCCGUUGGGGCGUGAAAAAACCAUACACUGGAUGAAAGUAGAGAGAGUAGCUGGAAGUUCUCAAUAUUUCAUGUUGCAUUUAUGCACACAGGCUGGAACAUACAUCAAGGAAUUUGUUCAUGGUGAUCUUGGACGCACACAACCUAGUGUUGGGUCAAUUCUGGGAUGCAGAGCAGAAAUACUGCAACUCGAUGUCACAGAUGUGAAGAUGGAUUGCUUCCAGACGUAAGUGUGCUUACUCUAUGUAAACCUCAAAUUUCUUUUUUUUCACUUUUCUUGGAAUUUUUACUAGGUCCUUGUACUUUGAAUUUAUUUUUUAUUUAUAAGUUAUAUACACGAGAUUCAGAAAGAUCGUAAGAUAGACCGUGAUUGUUUAGAGAAAAACACACCGAGUUUCCCCUAAUAAGCACUGUUUAUUUUGUAAAUACUUUCCAAAA